AUCAAAGACUGUGAUAUAAGUCUUCUUUUUAAAAAAAACAAAACCCACUUUUUGUUCUCUCUCCUUUCCUUUCUUAUUCUUCCAUCUCAGUGAACAUCUGGAGUCUUGUUGGAAGCCACAAAUCUUAGGUAACUCAUCUAAAUUGACAGGUUCUGAUGAUCAGUCUUGGCCGUCACUAAUCUUUAAUUGGGUGCCUGGUGUCUUGACAGAAGAAAAGAAGCCAGAAGUUAUUUAAAUAAUAUUUUUCUCAGGAAGCUGUUGCUUUGCAGAAACUGGCCCUUACAAGAUGCUCCAAAGAAAUCAAUCCACAGUGGAAGAGUUUGUCUUGCUGGGCCUCUCCCAGACCAGAGAAAUCCAACUGGCCCUCUUUCUCCUCUUUCUCCUAUUUUAUUCUCUGAUACUGCCGGGAAACCUUCUCAUCAUCCUGACCAUCCGGAAAGAACCUCAGCUGAAUUCGCCCAUGUACUUCUUCUUAGCCAACCUGGCUUUUCUGGACCUCUGCUAUUGCUCCAUCACUCCUCCCAAGAUGCUGGUUGACUUCUUCUCCAGCCAUAAGACCAUCUCCUAUAAGGGCUGCAUACUCCAGAUCUUCUUUCUUCAUUGGUUAGGAGGCUCUGAGGUUAUUCUUCUGGUUGACAUGGCCAUUGAUCGCUAUGUGGCCAUUUGCCACCCUUUGCGCUAUGCCAGCCUCAUCAGCAAAGCAGUCUGCUACAUUUUGGUCCUCAUAUCCUGGUGUGUAGGAUUCAUGCAUUCUAUCAUCCAAGUAAUUCUUAUUCUCCCACUGCCAUUCUGUGGACCGAAUGAAUUAAAUAAUUUCUUCUGUGAUAUCACUCAGAUCAUCAAGUUGGCUUGCACUGACGUAUAUGCACUGGAAUACAUCAUGUUCUUCAACAGUGGUUUGGCCACCUUGAUGUGUUUCAUCCUUCUCCUCAUUUCCUAUGGAGUCCUUUUGGUCAAGGUGAGAGCAAAUUCCGACAAAGGAAAGAGUAAAGCCUUCUCUACAUGCAUCACGCACAUCAUCAUCAUCUUCAUCAUGUUUGGUCCAGCUAUCUACAUCUAUUGCCAUCCCUUUCAGGAAUUCUUCUUUGAUAAGGUGGUGGCUGUUUUCCAUACAGUGGUCUUCCCCUUGAUGAACCCAAUGAUCUACACUUUGAGGAACAAGGAGAUCAAGCAAGCCAUGUUGAAGUUGUUGGGCAAAAUUAAAGUUCAAAGCAGAUGAUGAAGAUAAUUCAUUCUCAAAGUCAUUUGAAAACUUGCACCCUGCCCAUGAUGCUACACAUUACCUGCUGAAAGUUUGUAAGCAAGUAGCA